AUGCAGCGCCGGUGGGCUUCGACACGUCCGCAGUUCAACUGGGAGGACCCUCUCGGAGCCCAGAGCCUGCUGACUGAAGAAGAAGUCGGGAUCCAAGACACAGCGCGCGCGUACUGCCAGGAACGACUUCUUCCGCGGGUCUUGAACGCCUACAGAACCGAGUCCUACGAUCGUGAGAUCUUGCGGGAGAUGGGUGAGCUCGGUCUUCUCGGCGCGACCAUCAAAGGCUACGGGUGCGCGGGGGUCAGCAGCGUGGCGAGCGGUCUGAUCACGCGCGAAGUUGAGCGGGUGGAUUCAGGCUACCGCUCCAGCAUGUCGGUGCAGAGCUCGCUGGUGAUGGGCCCGAUCGAGCAGUUCGGCAGUGCCGAGCAGAAGGACAGAUGGCUCGAGAAACUGGCGCAGGGGGAGCUAGUCGGCUGUUUCGGACUGACUGAGCCUAACCAUGGCUCGGACCCGGGGUCGAUGGAGACCACGGCAAAACCACAUCCAACGAAGGAGGGUUACUACUCGCUCUCGGGCGCGAAGACGUGGAUCACAAAUUCCCCGAUCGCAGACUUGUUCGUCGUCUGGGCCAAACUGGACGGCGUGAUCAAAGGCUUCGUCAUUGAGCGCGACGCAUGUCCGCCCGGCACGCUCGAGACUCCGGCGCUCAAGAACAAGACUGGCCUGCGUGCCUCGAUCACGGGCAUGAUUCAGCUCGACAACUGCCCGGUGCCGGAGGAGAACAUGCUCAAUAGCGUGUCGGGUCUCAAAGGCCCAUUUAGCUGCUUGAACUCCGCCCGCUACGGCAUUGCAUGGGGCGUGAUGGGUGCAUUGGAAGAUUGUAUUGCUCGCGCGCGCACCUACGCACUCGAGAGGAAGCAGUUCAACCAGCCACUAGCCAGGUUUCAGCUCGUUCAGAAGAAACUGGCCGAUGCCAUGACCGAUGCCACAUACGGCAUUCUCGCCGCACAUCAAGUUGGGCGGCUGAAGGACGCCCCUGCCGAUGCUGCGCAACAGGCCACUCCGGAAAUGAUCUCUCUCAUCAAGCGGCAGAACUGCGAUCGUGCCUUGGUUCAUGCCCGCACGCUGCAGGAAAUCUUCGGCGGGAACGCCGCUAGUGAUGAGUAUCAUAUCGGCCGGCAUGUCGCAAACCUCUUCGUCACGCAGACGUACGAGGGCCAGAGUGAUAUUCACGCCCUGAUCCUGGGGAGGGCGAUGACCGGUGUGCAAGCUUUCGCUUGA